AUGGAUAGGGUGUGUCUUUGUUCAAUUCUACAUUCAGCUCCCGUGAAGAACUUCAGUGGUUCCAGCUACAUUUUCUAUAGAAGCAAUGGUAACCGGUACAAUUGGGAAAGAAGCAAAACAAUAUGCGAACAGUCUGGAUAUAACCUUGUUUCUAUUGAGAGUCGUGAAGAAUGGAACUUCCUGAAACAAACCAUCCAAAAAGAGAAUACCACUGAAUACUUCAUAGGUUUGAGGAAAGAUCCAACUGGAGUGUGGAGAUGGUUAAGUGAUAACAGCACAGUGAAUGUGUCCAAUAAAGGAGACUGGCCCUGGGCAACUGGACAACCUAGCGACGAACAUCUUACUGAGAACUGCGCGCAAAUAUACGGAAAUUAUAAGUAUGCCGGGCGCUAUAAUGACGUCCUCUGUUCUUUAUCGAAAGCCAAAGCAGGAUUCAUAUGUGAAUUUAAAGGUGGAGGAGGUAAUAGACCCUUAAUUCACAUUACACGAAACUGA